CAUAGAACACCAAAAAAAACACUGAGGGUCUCAGAGAGAGAGAGAGAGAGCUAUAAGGAUCAAGAGAGAGAAAAAUGGAGAUGGUGCGUGUGAUUCGUGCCUUGGUUUUGGUGGCUUGUUUGUUGUUUCCAGCAUCAGUGGAAUGCAUGGUUCGACAUUACAAGUUCAAUGUGGUGCAAAAGAAAACCUCAAGAUUAUGUUCAAGCAAGCCCAUUGUCACAGUCAAUGGAAGGUACCCUGGGCCCACCAUAUAUGCUAGGGAAGAUGACACAGUGCUGAUCAAGGUGGUCAACCACGUCAAAUACAAUGUUAGCAUCCAUUGGCAUGGAAUCCGACAACUGCGGACGGGUUGGGCUGAUGGGCCGGCGUACAUAACCCAAUGUCCAAUUCAACCCGGUCAAAACUAUGUGUACAACUUCACCAUCACUGGGCAAAGGGGCACACUUUGGUGGCAUGCACACAUCCUGUGGCUCAGGGCCACAGUCCAUGGCGCCUUGGUCAUCUUACCCAAGCUUGGGGUCCCAUACCCAUUUCCUGCACCCCAAAAAGAAGUUGUUGUAAUCUUAGGUGAAUGGUGGAAAUCAGAUGUGGAAUCUGUUAUUAAUCAGGCUUUGAAAUCUGGCUCAGCCCCAAAUGUCUCUGAUGCUCACACAAUUAAUGGUCAUCCGGGCCCUCUCUCCACCUGCUCUUCACAAGGAGGGUUUAAAUUACCAGUAAGACCUGGCAAGACAUACAUGCUAAGAAUCAUCAAUGCUGCGCUCAAUGAAGAGCUCUUCUUCAAGAUUGCCAACCACAAACUAACCGUGGUUGAGGUUGAUGCUGUGUACACAAAACCCUUCAAAACUGACACCGUUCUGAUAGCCCCAGGGCAGACCACAAACGUUCUUCUAUCAACCAACCAUGGCACAGGCAAGUACUUGGUUGCGGCCUCACCUUUCAUGGACAAUCCAACCAUCCUUGUAGACAACAAAACUGCCACUGCUACUUUGCACUAUACGGGCACCCUCGAAAGCACUAGGACCACCCUCACAGCCCCACCUCCUCAAAAUGCCACAGUAGUUGCAACAAAGUUUACAAAUUCCCUCAGAAGCCUGAAUUCAGUCAAGUUUCCUGCUAGGGUUCCAUUGAAAAUUGACCACUCUCUUUUGUUCACUGUUGGCCUUGGCCUUCACACUUGUGCUUCAUGUGCCAAUGGCAACAGAGUGGUGGCAGAUAUCAAUAAUGUCACAUUUGUGAUGCCCAAAAUCUCACUUCUUCAAGCACAUUUCUUCAACAUAAGUGGAGUUUUUACCGAUGAUUUUCCCGGGAACCCUCUGAAUCCUUAUAAUUAUACUGGUCCACAGCCGACGAAUAUGCAGACCAUGAAGGGGACUAGGCUUUAUAGACUUGCUUAUAACUCUACAGUGCAGCUUGUGUUGCAAGACACUGGGAUGAUUGCCCCUGAAAACCAUCCAGUUCAUCUUCAUGGGUUUAAUUUCUUUGAGGUUGGGAGGGGAUUGGGGAAUUUCAACCCAAAGACGGAUCCAAAAAGAUUUAAUCUUAUUGACCCUGUUGAGAGGAACACAAUAGGAGUGCCAUCUGGUGGAUGGACUGCUAUUAGAUUCAGGGCUGAUAAUCCAGGAGUUUGGUUUAUGCAUUGCCAUCUUGAAGUGCACACAACAUGGGGGCUUAAGAUGGCAUUUGUGGUGGACAAUGGCAAAGGCCCAAAUGAAUCUGUUCUACCACCUCCAAGCGACCUUCCCAAGUGUUAGCUUUAAAUUGUUUGCCAACUCAAUUCUCAACUCAUAGCAAUACAAGGAACAAGAGCUAAUGGGAAGAAUUCUUUGGAGCAAAGCUAAAUGGAAAGCUGCUUCUACAUGUGAAUAAAAGGGAAUUGGGCUUCUUUAUAAGAUUAUAGCUUGCUGUGCCAUAUAUCUUUUUCUUGCAGAGAUAUAUGCCUAUGUAAAUGUGAUAUGCUACUAAUGGAAGCAACAAAGGAUUUUUGUUCUGAAAGAUGAUUUUAUUUUUAUUUUUUAUAAUACAAUAUGUUUUCACUUCAA